CAUAGUAAUCAUAUUGUAAUGAUACAAGCACAUCAAGAUGUCCUUCAGAUCAUUAUCAAGAUCAUAGUAGCUGAAAUACAACAAAAAAUCAUUACUGAAAGCGGAAAAUGCAGUCACUACUUCGUUUCCACCAAUGGUGAAGGUGCUGAAGAGCUGCAUCUGAACACUGACCACCUUCUGCGUCGAUUGAUGGCAGCGAUGUGGGAGGCGCACGGUCGGGCCUUCCACGGUUACGAGGUGGUGGGUAUGGAAAAGCUACCCCCACCAGGGGAAGGUGCUUUCCUCGUCUAUUAUCAUGGCACCAUACCCCUCGAUGCCUAUUACUUCAUCGCAAGACACAUCAUUAAGCGGGAUCGAUUUGCAUUUUGCAGCUUUUUUGAGUGGUGUUCAUGUAAA